AUCAAAAAAAAAAAAAAAUUUUAAUUUUUUUUUACAAAUAAUAUUUCUAUAAUACAUAUACAACAUAUACAUAUUUAUAAUAUACAUUUACAAUGAAAAAGUUUUUAAUAAAUAUAUUUUUAUUAUUAAUUAUUUGCAAAUUAUCAAAUUCACAGAUACCAACCGCAGCUUUAUGCACAAAUGACCCAAAUAUUAUUGAAGGUGGUCUUAAAUGUAAUGGUACAGGUGACUCUUGUGCAUUAGGUUACUAUUGCUCAAGUAAUAAAUGUAUGAAAACUACAGAGUUUGCUUCAGCUUGUCAAGAUGACUCAGAAUGUUCACCAUAUUAUUGUAAUCAAGGUAAAUGUGGCAAUGCUUAUUUUGCAAUUGCUGGUGAAUCAUGCACCAAUGAUAAAGACUGUAUCGGUAGAACACAACUUAAAUGUGUAAGCAAUGUUUGUAGUCUCCCAGAAGGUGCUUCAUGUACCCAAGCCAAUGAAUGUGGACUUGAUAAAAACUGUAAAGACUCUAAAUGUACAGCAGCCUCCAAAGAAGGCGAUGCAUGCAAUGACCGUUAUGAUUGCCCAGUAAAUUUAGUUUGCACCUAUUCAAACAACGAUGCUUCAUCAAUGACCUGCCAAAAGCCAUGGACCAAAGCAGUUGGCGAUAAAUGUGAUAAUUCAGUUGAUGCUCAAAGAAUUCCAUUUUUCUAUGACUGUGAUAUCGGAAAGAAUUUAUACUGUGGUGCCAAAGGUGUAUGUGUUGCCGACAAACCAUCUGAAUCAUGCACAAAAUGUAAUGAGGGCACUGCUUGCUCUGGUUACAGUGAAUCAUGUGUUUGUAAUAACCAUGGGGUUUCAGCCGAAGUUAACAACACUGAAAAGUUUGGCGUUUGUGUUCCUCAAGUCUACAUUACAAACGAAUGCAAAACAACAUUUAAUAAUUUAAUCUCAUGCUGUGCUGAAAAUAGUUGCCCAAUGACCCAAUCUCUUUUAUUAAACCAAGGUUCUUGUGCAUUCAAAAAAUGCAGUCAAUAUUCAUGUGAAAUGAGUAACUGUUUCCGUGCCACUGGUGAAUAUAACAUGCUUAACUUGGCCAAAACAGCUUGCAAAUCAUAUAAAUUACCACAAGAUUAUACCUCCAAAUGCCCAACCUCCAAUGAUCAACCAAAUCACUCAAAUUCAAUGUUACCAUCAAUUAUUUUCUCGAUCAUCUUUGUUUUUGUUAUGAUUAUCCUCUCAUAAAAUAAUAAUUUUACAAUAAAUGCUUUAUAUAAAAUUGUAUACACAAUUUUUUUUAAGUU